AUUCCAUCUAGACCCUUUCUGAAAAUCAACAGAAACUUAGAAAUUGGCCACAAGAAGUUUAUGUUGAAUUGUGCAAAGGCGAACAUUGGGCCAAUGAAGUCAUAUAGAUUGUUUAAGGAAUCAGUUGGGGGCUACGAUAAUGUCGGUGCCAUUGCCGUUGACUUUAAAAAUUUCAAACGGGACUUGAAGGCAUACAUUGCAGGCGCUGAUGCUCAAAUGCUCAUUGACAANAGAAACGCAUAACCAUCCAAUGCUGUCCAUUCCAUCUAGACCCUUUCUGAAAAUCAACAGAAACUUAGAAAUUGGCCACAAGAAGUUUAUGUUGAAUUGUGCAAAGGCGAACAUUGGGCCAAUGAAGUCAUAUAGAUUGUUUAAGGAAUCAGUUGGGGGCUACGAUAAUGUCGGUGCCAUUGCCGUUGACUUUAAAAAUUUCAAACGGGACUUGAAGGCAUACAUUGCAGGCGCUGAUGCUCAAAUGCUCAUUGACAAACUAUUCAGAAAGAAACAAAAAUGCUCUGCGUUCCACUUUGAUUAUGAUGUCGAUGAGAGUGACCAGCUAACCAGGGUAUUUUGGUGCGAUCCUGUCUCUAGGAAGAAGUACGCAAUGUUUGGAGAUGUCAUUUCGUUUGACGCAACCUUCAACACAAAUAGGUACAAAAUGGUUUUUACGCCAUUCACCGGUGUAGACAAAAUGGUAAACGCAUCAAGAGUGCUAAAGAGAUCCAAAUCGAGCAAAGCAAGAAGAACAAACGCAUGUGUCGAACCUGCAAAGAGCUAGGAUAUCACGACAGUAGGAAUUGUCCGAUGAAUUAUUCAUCGUAAUUAAAUCAUCUUCCUACACACAUUUUAUAAGUUUUUGUAAUGUUUUCAACGUUCUUUAUAACGUCACAUGACAUUUGUUUGCCCAUGACUUGUGUAUUAUUGCAAUUUUGAUUAAUAUAGUAAUUACAAAAUCAUCAAUGCACGACCUUUAUGUAUUUCCACUACAUCUAAAUCUACAGUUUUGAUCCAAUACUGCCCCGCAAACUUCUCAUUCUAUGAAAACAUACAGUGAUGGCUCUAAACAUGUGUGGAUCCCCAUUAAACAAACUAUACAUUG